AAAGAAAAAGUUAUAGAGUAACCACAAGCUUCGUAUCGCGAUCUUAGUCUCUUUCUCUACCUGUGUAUCUAUCCAUCUCCCACUAUCUCUAUAAGCUAUAAACCAACUCCUCCCAAGCUUCCCUCUACUGCAUGUAUUCUUUGGAAUCAUUCUAUGUGGAUUAUCGUUACGAGUCAAGCGUUGCAUUAUUUGGAAUAUUUUUUACGUUAUACCUCAGUCGAUAACGAUAAAUAAAUAUCAUUUUCGCUUAUCGAAAAUACAACAAAAGUCUGUACCGAAUGCUGCCGCCGAAUUGCACAAAGAGUCAAAAGUGUUGCGAUACGGCGACUGGAACUAAAUGGUGCUAAAUGCCCCGGUUGCAUUCAAUGAGGAGAACCUGAAGAAUCAGAAACGAACCGAUGUGAUACUUGGAGACUAAGCAUUACAACAACGAUAUAAAUACAUUAGUAUUUAGUAUUUAGCUGUAGAUAAAAGCUAUUGGCAGCGAAACUGCAAACAAGACGAAACCACACAAAAGACUAAACAAAAAUAGGCUAAAAGGCUUGCCAAAUUCAAUAUGGAACACUUGGAUCUGGCGGGUUAUCUAAACACACCAGUUACUUGGAAUUUGGGGGCAUUUGAACAGCAAGAUGGCAUUUACUUGUCCAGCUCGCGUCAAAUGCUGGAGCCCAUCAUGGAGGAGACCUCCGAGGAUGAGGAGCAUGCGCAGAACAGUUGGAAUGGCCACGAGCAGCGUGGCAGCUGUGGCGGCUUUUGGAGCUCCGCGGAGUCCGAAACGGGUUCGGUCAUCAGAGUCGAAAUUAACAAGGAUAUCGACGCCAUAUCCGAACGUGACUUUGCCUGUCCGCCGAAACGAGCGCGUCGCUCCCAGGAGGAGCAACUGCAGCAGCAGCAGCAGCAGCCGCACAGUCUGGAGGAUGUGGUGCAGCUGCGUCGUCCGCCGCCGCCACGCUACGAUGCCGAGGCACACAACAGUCUGGAACGCUUCCUGGCGCUGGAGGCGUGCUCCCGCGACAGCUACGGCAGCCAGGGACAGCGCAACAGCACUGGCAGUCGUCGCGGAGGUGGAGGGUUCGAGGAUUUCUACUCGGACAACGAUUCGUAUCAUUCGCUGUCGCGCAGCUCGUCGCUGGUGCAGUUCGAGUCGCUGGAACGACAGUUGACGCUGCAGGAGCAGCACCAGAGCAUGAGCAGUCUGGGCAACAGUUCACCAUCGCUGCUCAGCUGUGAAACGGUGGCCGGCAGCAGCAGCUCCAAUGUCAGCAGUGGCACACACAGCAACCCGGACAGCCGGCGAGGAUCGGCCACAUCGCUGCUGAAGCGCUACGAGUCGAGCGACGGACGUUUGCAUCAAACGUACUACGAGCUGCACAAACUGGACUUUGAGGAGCAGCAGCGGGAACUGUUUGGCGCCUGCAAGAGUCUCGUGCAUCAGGCCGAAAUCAAAUCCGACUCGGAGUCGAGCAGCACAUCGUCAACAUCCAGCGGCAGCAGCAGCAGCAGCAGCAGCGACAGCAGCGGCCACAGUUUACUCAGCGCCUGUCCGGGCAAACAAGAUGCUGGCGGUGGCCGACGCCUGCCCCUCAAUUCGGCGGAGAAUUUGUCUGAGGAUUCGGGGUAUUGUGAGCCGAGCACAUUGCGACGCACCAAAUCGAAAAGCAUACCAAAGAAUUUCGAUAAACUCUGCGAGGAGGAGGAGGAACUGGAGCUGGAGCUGGAGAUGGAAAUGGAGAUGGAGGAGGCCGACGCACUAAACUCUAAUGAUUUGUGUCAGACGAAAAUAGUGCAGCAGACAAACGUGGACGAGACGCAAUCAACUGCCUCCGUCUCCGUCUCUGCCUCCGCCUCCGCCUCCGCCUCAGCAUCAGCAUCAACAUCAGCGUCGUCAGCAUCAUCGCUGCUGCUUGCCUCUCCGACAUCGUCUAUAAAUAGCUGCGAGAGCGGCGCAGCAUCGCCGAGCGAUUCGGCGACGUCAGCAUCGUCGGUUGCCUCUUUCACUUGGCUGCGGAACAGUUUGCCCGAUAUACGCGAGCCGCGAGGUUCGUCGCCCAACUUGCUAACGGACAACAACAACAGCUACGUGCUGGCUACCAACAACAACGCCAACAAC